UCUUGCAGUUCAAGAUGAAUUUAAUGGAAUGGACUACCUAGAAUUCUUAUCAAUAUCUAAAAAUGUGAAAGAAAGAGCAGGAACAGAUUCAGAGCCCUUUCUGGGCAAUUUUCUUAAUCCAAAAAAUAUAGACACAAACCUUACGAAGGAAAUAUUAGAUUUAUUAGUUGAAUAUUAUCGCAAUACUUAUAAUGAAGAUUUUGUGACUUUGUCUGAUAUUCAUAUUGUGCAAUCUAAUGCUAUCCUAAUAUUUCUAAAAGUGAAUAUUUAUGGGAAGUUACAACUUGAUGCUGAAGUUUUUAGAUCAAUAUAUUUGAAAAGGCAUAUCAAUUUGGCUAAGAUAUUAUCACAAUUUAUCGAUGGCAAUUCUAAAGAUACUUAUCCUGGUAUUGUUCAAUAUUAUUUUGAAUAUACUGUGUAUUUUCUGAACUUAAGUGAAUCUAAAAAACAUUCAUUGGCAUUUGUGAGAUAG